UUAGGGGGAACUUGGGGAGUAGUAAAGUAGGUGCUCUCUGUUGUUGUGUCUUUGGUUUUUUGAACACAUUGUGUGUGUCCUUGUUGGUUGCUUGAUAAUUUAUGCAAUUAGAGAGGAGAGGAGAGGAGAGGGUCUCCUCCACCUCCACCUCCACCUCCACCUCCACACAUUUGGAGCGAAGCAGUCGGUGCAUGACCUCCAAAGUCUCCCUGCAAUGUCGCUCUCCAAAUUUAGGUGUGUUCCUUCUAAAUUUAGCGACGAGUUCAUGAAACCGGAAUCGGCUGGACUUAGGCUUCUCCACUUGCCAAAAAUAAAAAUAAUGAUAAUUACAGGAAAAAAAUCUCGGCGGUUUUGUAGAACGCAUUUUGCACAGAGAGAGAGAGUCGGUUGGAAUUGGUUCUCAUUUGGUUCAUCCACCAAUGCUGGUGGGGGUGUUGCCGACAGAUGUAUUAUCGUCCGCCUCAUCAUCAGGAUCAACACUGUUCCAGUAUCGUGUUCAGAUUUUAAUUUUAAUUUAUUCUUUGUUCCCUGUGUGUGGUAGAAUUCGAGAAUUAGCAUAUCAGAAGAACUUUCUUCAUUUCUUCUGAAGGUGGGGAGGGAGGGAGGGAGGCUCUCUGAUUUUGAUCAGAAGAUGGUUCCUCCUCAUUUUAAUUUUCUAAUUACAAGGCCCUGGAUUCUCAUCUUUAUGAUCGUUCUAACCCUUACCUCCUCCACCACCACCAUUACCUUGGUUCACUCCAAAACUGAUGGACCUGAUGUUUCUGCCCUCAAUGUUAUGUAUAGUAGCAUGAAUUCACCUUCAAAACUGGGUGGUUGGAAAUCAAGUGGAGGCGAUCCUUGUGGUGAUGCCUGGGAUGGAAUAGAAUGCAAAGGCUCAUCUGUAUCUGAAAUUAAGUUAUCGGGUUUGGAACUCACUGGAUCAAUGGGCUACCAGCUUUCGAGCUUGACAUCUGUCACCUACUUUGAUUUGAGCCAAAACAACCUCAAGAAUGAUAUACCAUAUCAGCUUCCUCCUAAUGCAGAUUACAUAGAUCUUUCUGAGAAUAGUUUCACUGGUGGUGUGCCUUACUCAAUUUCUCAGAUGAAAGAUCUUAAAUACCUAAAUCUUGGUCAUAAUAAACUCAAUGGACAGCUAAGCGAUAUGUUUGGACAACUUUCUAAACUCACGGAUCUGGAUCUCUCCUUCAACAAAUUGAGUGGCAAUUUGCCUCAAAGUUUUAAAAAUCUCUCAAGCCUCACCAAUUUAUAUUUGCAGAACAAUCAAUUUACUGGCUCAAUAAAUGCCCUUGCAGACCUUCCUCUUGAUGAUUUGAAUGUUGAAAACAACAAACUUACAGGCUGGAUCCCUGAUGAGUUGAAGGAUAUUAGAAAUAUACAGUCUGGAGGAAAUUCUUGGUCAUCGGGGCCAGCUCCUCCUCCUCCCCCUGGUCAAAAAAGUAACUCUCGUUCUGACAAGUCCUCAUCAAAUGGUGAUGGGAAGUCUGGUCUGAGUGGAGCAGCCAUUUCUGGAAUAGUGAUGGGUAUUCUGCUGGUUAUUGCGAUUAUAAUUGCUCUAUUCUCACGAAGAUCUUCAACACCUCCUUCACAUUUUCUUGAUGAAGAUAGAGUCAGCCAGCGCAGACCAUUUACCCCACUUGCGUCCCAGGAGUUAUCCAAUGACAUGCGAUCUGAAAUACAAAAGGACUUCAGAGAACUUAAGUCGUCAGACUCAUCUUCUUCACUUACCGCAAAGGGUUUGCAGACAUCUCCUUCAAUUUGUCUCAAGCCACAUUCAGAUCGUUUUAAUUCAUUUGAUGAUAAUGAGUUUGUAAACCAUAUGAACAUCAAAAGGAGCAGCUCUUUUCGGAUUACAUGUUAUUCUUUGGCAGAUUUGCAGACUUCCACUGGUAACUUUGCAACAGGUCGCCUUCUUGGUGAGGGAACUAUUGGACGAGUGUAUAGGGCCAAAUAUUCUGACGGGCAGGUUUUUGCAGUGAAGAAGAUAGACUCCUCACUAUUUCAAGGCGGACAAGUGGAAGAUUUUACAGAAAUUGCUUCAAACAUUGCCAAGCUUCGCCAUCCAAACAUUGCUGGACUUACUGGCUAUUGUUCAGAACAGGGACAAAAUAUGUUGGUUUAUGAGUAUUUCAGGAAUGGUUCACUUCAUGAAUUCCUACACUUGUCAGAUGACUUCAGCAAACCACUUACAUGGAACACUAGAGUCAGAAUUGCUCUAGGAACAGCCCGAGCUGCAGAGUACUUGCAUGAGGUUUGUUCUCCUUCCACUGUUCAUAAGAACAUCAAGUCAUCUAACAUUUUACUUGACACUGAGCUCAAUCCUCAUCUCUCAGAUUGCGGCUUGGCUACCUUUCAUCAGCGUACAAGCGUAAAUCUGGGGAGUGGAUACAAUGCUCCAGAAUGCACCAAACCUUCAGCUUAUACAAUGAAGAGUGAUGUUUAUAGUUUUGGGGUGGUUAUGUUGGAGUUGUUGACAGGUCGAAUGCCUUUUGACAGUUCAAAGCCAAGAUUAGAACAAUCACUAGUCCGGUGGGCCACCCCACAGCUCCAUGAUAUCGAUGCAUUGGGGAAAAUGGUGGAUCCUGCCUUGUGUGGACUGUAUCCUCCUAAAUCGGUCUCUCGAUUUGCUGACAUUAUCGCUCUGUGUGUACAGCUGGAGCCAGAAUUUCGACCACCAAUGUCCGAAGUGGUGCAGGCACUUGUCAGGGUAGUUCAGCGAUCGAGUAUGAGAGAGGAUCCAGGUGCCUCUCGUCGUGUGGCUGACUAUGAUUAUUAAUGAUUUUGAUUCUUUUAUUUUAUUUUAUUUUUUUGAUAUAUAUAUAUAAGAUUUGCAUAGUAAUAUAAGUCCUUUUUAGGGAAGCCGAUUUUUAUCUUAUUUGUUAAUUCUUUUUACCUUGGUGCCGUAUCAGUUUGAGAAGCAGCAUAUCCCCACCUCUAUUGUCGGUCACACAAACAGAUCAAAAAAUAAAAAAUAAAAAUCAAGGACACGUGAUUGGGAGGUCAGCUAGUCUGGAUGUUCAUGUAAUGCAAACGAGUGAAUGCCUGCUAUAAAUGAGGAACAAGUUCCAGUGUUCUUGAUAACAAUAAUCAUAAGGCGAGCUGGCUGGUGCUGUUGAAUGGCUUGAUAGGUAUCAGCACAGGUAGAAGCUAGUGUGCCUGUUGAGUGAUUAAGCAGAAGCAGAGAAAGAAGGAAAGAAGCUUACAAGGGGAAGUUAGUUUGAAUGAUAAAAAAACAAGCUCCCUACCUAUGGCAUUAAUAAAAGUUGAUUUAGGUAAUAGAAGCACUCAGAUGCAAAGUAUGCUGAGAAAUGUUAGUGUUUGAUAUGUUUUUUUUAAAAAAAGUUUGUUAGACAAAUUAUGCCCAAUAAUUCUUAGAGUUUUUUUUUUUUUGGUGGGCCUGCUUGUAUCAAUUUAGUUCGUGUAAUUUUAAUGAUGACACAUUAAAAACUGUCAAAUAUGUCCAAUUGUUAAUAGAAAUUUUUAUUUUUGC